CAUAAUAUCCAGGAUGUGACGUCGCAAAGUCUCAAUGCCCUCACAAACAUGGCCGCGUACAGGAGCGUCGGUGUUGGAAGGAGUUUAUCUGCACUUUUAACGAGAUCGUAUCCUGUGUGCAGUUACCAUGGGACAGGGCUCACCAGACCACCCCUUCACAAAGUGGCCAGAAGUCCCAUUCCACAGCAAACAGCCGCUAUGUUUAUCAGAAACAUGUUUAUUCAGACCCAAGACACUCCGAACCCAAACAGCCUGAAGUUUCUUCCUGGGCAUAUGGUGCUGGAAGCAGGGACUAUGGACUUCGCUGGACCUAGAGAUGCUUAUUGUUCACCCUUGGCAAGGCAGUUGUUCAGAAUAGAUGGAGUCAAGAGUGUCUUCUUCGGUCCCGACUUCAUAACCAUUACUAAGGCUGAUGGUCAAACAGAGUGGAGAGUGAUCAAACCGGACGUCUUUGCCACCAUUAUGGACUUCUUCACCUCUGGACUUCCUGUUGUCAACGAGGCAGAUGCUCCACGUGCCGACACAGCUUCUUCUGAGGAUGACGAUGAGGUGGUGGCCAUGAUUAAAGAACUGCUGGACACACGCAUAAGGCCCACAGUGCAGGAGGAUGGUGGUGACGUGUUGUAUCGGGGUUUCGAGGAUGGUAUUGUAAAGCUGAAGCUGCAGGGUUCCUGCACCAGCUGUCCCAGCUCCAUCAUCACGCUGAAGAGCGGCAUCCAGAACAUGCUGCAGUUCUACGUUCCCGAGGUGGAAGGAGUCGAGCAGGUGAAGGAAGAGGAUGUGGAUGUCCUUUCUUCAUAAUAAAUUACCCAGCACCCCUCUUUCCCAUCAACGUCCAGUCAUGUAGAAGGAGUCUUGAGUUUAGUAGAGACUACUCAGUUACACAGCUGUAAGGAAAAUGGACAAAACGGUGUGUCCUCACACUCCUUUAAACAUAUAUUGGCUACAGACAUUGAUAUUAAGACAUCAGGUGUGCAGGAAAUGUUUUUAGCCUGCACUUUUGCGUAGACAAUGUUUGGUUGGUCAUCCAUAAUAUUUUAUAGAUUAUCACUCGUUGCACUGAUUAAAACAAAAAGCAGAAUUUCAUGUAUGUGUGAAUAAGCUGCAAUAUGCAUUUUCCCAGAUGCAUGUAAAUAUUUUCUUUAGAAAUCUCCUGGUUUCAUGUUUAAUGGAUUUUCAGGAAUCUUGAUUGUAUCAGAGCAAAGCAUCUGCUAAAUGAAUAAAUAUAACUGAAUUAUAUUAAAAGGACUUCAAAUAUGUUGAAAGACGUUUUGAUUAGUGGCUAUUCAAGAAAGACGUUUUGAUUACUGGCUACUCAAAAUGGCCCUUUAAUUAUUCAAAAUAUAUAUUUUUUUUAUUUACAGAAGAAAAUGUUACAUGUAGAAGUUAUUUGGUCUGUGGCUAGCCUCUUCUAAAGGAUCAAAUGCAUAAAUAUUAAUAAUAAAAAACAAAACAGGAAAUAUGAAUGAUAAAUGUUUAAAAAUGUUACAGUUCUGGUUUUGGCUUCUGAUUGGUCAAUACAGUGUUCCAGUGACUAUAAUGUGAACAGCUGUUCACCAAAUCACUGCAUAGCUCCCAUAGGGGAUUAUUGAUUUUGUUGCAUAGGAACAUUUUGAUAAGUUAGAAACUAUAUCCUCUAGAGGAGGGAUAACACUUAAUAAGUUUGCUUAUUAAAAGAAUACUCGAACAGAAAUGUGUGUUCUUGAUCUUAUUUAGCAAUUGUUUUAUACUUGUCUUUAUUUUAUUUGUAGCAUACUUUUAUCUAGGUGUCAUAUUCAUUGUGUGGCUCACAAGCGGGAUUGGACGAGCCAUUGUCCACAUUUUGUUUUCUUUCUUAACACCAUAAUGCAUUCUGAAGAAGACAGGAAUCAUCUUAUACAACUCCAUCUAACGAGAGAACAACUUAAGCGUUAAUAAUCCAAAAAAACUCCAGAGACAAUGUUCUUUUUCAGACUCACAAACCUGAGUUUCUUCUCACUCAUAUCAAUUGUACACAAUAUUGAAAGCAUCCUCACCUUCUCAAUCAGUGAGAAAACAGCAAUAAAAAUUAUGCGACAUAAUAACAUGACUCGAGCAUUACUGCCGGAUCGAGUGAGAUCAGGGCUGCGUUCAGCCCCAACAAAAAUGGUGCAAAAGGUUUUUUAAACAGAAACGGUGGUGUGUUGAACACCCUGUUCUGAUGACGCAAGAGUUGCA